UGAGGGGAAGCCACACACACGCGCGCUUGCACACGCGCAACCGGAGCGCCCCGGCCGAUGGCCGCGUCCUUUGGCUUCGGGGCCAAGUCACUAGCGGCGCCGAGCGGCCGGCCUGGAGGGUGUCAGCCCCGGGGACGUGAGUGCGUGUGAUUGUCGGGGAGGAGAAAUGUGACCCGCCGCCCCGCGGCCCCCGCCGUGGCGGGAGGAAGGCGUGGCGGCCGCGCGGCGGGGCUGUUGCCGGCUUCUCUCGUUACGGAGGCGGCCGCCCGCUUCCCUUCUCGGCGCGGGGAGAACUCGUGGAGAGACUUGGGAGGAGAAUGUCUGUUUUCUGCUCGGGAGGGUGACGGUGUUUUAAAAUGGUAUGGCCUCACAAGUCUUGGUCUAUCCACCAUAUGUUUAUCAAACUCAGUCAAGUGCCUUUUGUAGUGUGAAGAAACUCAAAGUAGAGCCAAGCAGUUGUGUUUUCCAGGAAAGAAACUAUCCAAGGACCUAUGUGAAUGGUAGAAACAUUGGAAAUUCUCGUCCUCCCAUAAAGGGUAGUGCUUUUCAGACAAAGAUACCAUUUAACAGACCUCGAGGACAAAACAUUUCAUUGCAAAGUGCUGUUGUUUUAAAAAACACUGCAGGUGCUACAAAAGUCAUAGCCGCUCAGACGCAGCAAGCUCCAGUAGAGGCACCUCAGAUUGGGGCGUGGCGACACAGGCUAAAUUUCCUAGAAGGCUCCCAGCGAUGUGGAUUGAAGCGCAAGAGUGAGGAGUUGGAUAAUCAUAGCAGCGCGAUGCAGAUUGUUGAUGAAUUGUCUAUACUUCCUGCAAUGUUGCAAACCAACAUGGGAAAUCCAGUGACAGUUGUGACAGCUACCACAGGAACAAAACAGAAUUGUACCACCGGAGAAGGUGACUAUCAGUUAGUACAGCAUGAAGUCUUGUGCUCCAUGAAGAAUACUUAUGAAGUCCUUGACUUUCUGGGUCGAGGCACUUUUGGCCAAGUUGUCAAGUGCUGGAAAAGAGGGACAAAUGAAAUCGUAGCGAUCAAAAUUUUGAAGAAUCACCCUUCUUAUGCACGCCAAGGUCAAAUAGAAGUGAGCAUACUAGCCAGGCUCAGUACUGAAAAUGCGGAUGAAUAUAACUUUGUACGGGCUUAUGAAUGCUUUCAGCACCGGAACCAUACUUGCUUAGUCUUUGAGAUGCUGGAACAAAAUUUAUAUGACUUUUUGAAACAAAACAAAUUCAGUCCCCUGCCACUAAAAGUAAUCCGACCCAUUCUUCAACAAGUGGCCACUGCACUGAAAAAACUGAAAAGUCUUGGUUUGAUUCAUGCUGACCUCAAGCCAGAAAAUAUCAUGUUGGUGGAUCCUGUUCGGCAGCCAUACAGGGUGAAAGUCAUAGACUUUGGGUCAGCUAGUCAUGUAUCAAAGACAGUGUGUUCAACAUAUCUACAAUCUCGGUACUACAGAGCUCCAGAGAUUAUAUUGGGGUUGCCAUUUUGUGAAGCCAUAGACAUGUGGUCAUUGGGUUGUGUGAUUGCAGAAUUGUUCCUUGGAUGGCCACUCUACCCGGGAGCCUUGGAGUAUGACCAGAUUCGAUACAUUUCGCAGACUCAAGGUUUACCAGGAGAACAGUUGUUAAACGUGGGGACGAAAUCCACAAGAUUUUUUUGCAGAGAAGCUGAUAUAUUUCAUUCUGGUUGGAGAUUAAAGACACUAGAAGAACAUGAGGCAGAGACAGGCAUGAAAUCUAAAGAAGCACGAAAGUACAUAUUCAACAGUCUGGAUGAUAUAGUGCAUGUGAACACAGUGAUGGAUUUGGAAGGAAGUGAUCUUUUGGCUGAGAAAGCUGAUAGAAGAGAAUUUGUUAGUCUGUUGAAAAAAAUGUUGCUGAUUGAUGCAGAUUUAAGAAUUACUCCUGCAGAGACUUUGAACCAUCCUUUUGUUAAUAUGAAACAUCUUCUUGAUUUUCCUCAUAGCAACCAUGUUAAGUCCUGUUUUCAUAUUAUGGAUAUUUGUAAGUCCCAUCCAAGUUCAAAUGACACAAAUAAUCACAAUAAAGUUUCACUUUUAAGACCAGUUGCUUCAAAUAGCACCAGUAGUCUGCCAGCAAAUUUUACCAAAAUUGGCACAUUGAGAAAUCAGGCAUUAACUACAUCUGCUCACUCGGUUGUGCAUCAUGGAAUUCCUCUGCAGGCUGGAACUGCUCAUUUUGGUUGUGGUGAUGCUUUCCAACAGACACUGAUUAUUUGCCCUCCAGCUAUUCAAGGUAUUCCUGCAACACAUGGUAAACCCACUAGUUAUUCAAUAAGGGUAGAUAAUGCAGUUCCACUUGUAACUCAGGCCCCAGCUGUGCAGCCACUACAGCUACGACCAGGAGUUCUGUCUCAGGCUUGGUCUGGUAGAACACAGCAGAUGCUGGUACCUGCCUGGCAACAGGUAGCACCCAUGGCUGCUGCUACUACUACCCUAGCUUCUGAGGGCAUGGCUGGUUCGCAAAGGCUUGGAGACUGGGGGAAAAUGAUUUCACAUAGCAAUCAUUAUAGCUCAGUGAUACCACAGCCUCUUCUGACCAAUCAGAUAACUUUAUCGGCCCCUCAGCCAAUUAGUGUGGGCAUUGCCCAUGUUGUCUGGCCUCAGCCUGCCACUACAAAGAAAAAUAAAAUGUGCCAGAACAGGAGUAAUUCAUUGCAGAACACCAGUAUCCCACAUCCAGCAUUUAUUUCUCCAAAGAUAGUCAGCGGGAAAGAUGUCGAGGAGGUAACUUGCAUAGAAACACAGGACAAUCAUAACUCAGAAGGAGAGGCAAGAAGUUGUGAAACUCCCAUCAGGCAAGACUCUGAUUCAUCAGUUUCAGACAAACAGCGACAAACGAUCAUUAUUGCUGACUCCCCAAGUCCUGCAGUGAGUGUGAUCACUAUUAGCAGUGACACCGAUGAAGAAGAGACGCAGAGACAUUCACUUAGAGAAUGUAAAGGUAGUCUAGAUUGUGAAGCUUGCCAGAGCACUUUGAAUAUUGAUCGGAUGUGUUCAUUGAGUAGUCCUGAUAGUACCUUGAGCACCAGUUCCUCUGGGCAGUCCAGCCCAUCUCCUUGUAAGAGACCGAACAGUAUGUCAGAUGAAGAACAGGAAAGUGGAUGUGACACCGUGGAUGGCUCUCCAGCGUCAGACUCUUCAGGACAUGACAGUCCAUUUGUAGAGAGCAGUUUUGUGGGAGACACUCAUCAGAACACAGAACUGGUAACCUCUACUGACAAAAAAACCAAACCAGCUGUUUGUACUGUUGUGGUGCCACCAAUGAGACUAGAAAACCGAUUAAAUACUGAUGAGCACAUGGCAAACACAGAUUCUAUAUGCCAGCCAUUACCGAAAGGACGAUCAGCCCCUGGAAGAUCAAACCAGCCUUCUACAGUGGGUAAUCGUCAACAAAAAUUGACAUCAGCAUUCCAACAGCAGCAUUUGAAUUUCAGUCAGGUUCAGCACUUUGCACCAGGACAUCAAGAAUGGAAUGGAAAUUUUGGACAUCGAAGACAGCAAGCUUAUAUCCCGACUAGUGUUACCAGUAACCCAUUUACUCUUUCUCAUGGAAGUCCCAAUCACACAGCUGUACAUGCCCAUCUGUCUGGAAACACGCACCUUGGAGGACAGCCUACUCUACUCCCAUACCCAUCAUCAGCUACUCUCAGUAGUGCUGCACCAGUGGCCCACCUCUUAGCCUCUCCAUGUACCUCAAGACCUAUGUUACAACAUCCAACUUAUAAUAUCUCCCAUCCUGGUGGCAUAGUCCACCAAGUCCCAGUGGGCAUAAAUCCCCGUCUGUUACCAUCCCCAACCAUUCAUCAGACUCAGUACAAACCUAUCUUCCCACCACAUUCUUACAUUGCAGCAUCACCUGCAUAUACUGGAUUUCCAUUGAGUCCAACAAAACUCAGCCAGUAUCCAUAUAUGUGAAAAGUCAAAAGGAUAUAUUGAGGAAGCUCAAUGAUACAAACAUUUGAUUAAAAAUAAAAACAUGGUAUUUAAUAAAUAUUAGCCAUGGCACAAGAAAAUUAUUUUUGAAUCAUGUAGACUUGGGUGCAAUUUAAACAACUUUGAGCUUUAAAAAAAAACUCACUUUUAAUGUGUUUUGCACAUUUGGUAUAACUUGUCUUUGGUCAUGUUAUCUUCUUAUGUAGUAAUUCUAGACAGGUGACUUAUGGGGGCAGAAAUCCAGUUUUGCUCCUGCUAUUUUUUAUAAAAUUGCCUUCUAACCAGUGCAAGACAUGUUCACAUUUGGGAAGCCAUUCUGUGUACAGACUUAGAGCAACAGAUGCACAUACAUCAGAAUUACAGCAUACAAGUGAAUUGUAUUAUCUGUGUCUUAGUGUAUAAAUGUUGGGUCACUUACCUAAGAAUUUGAGCUAUUGUUCUUUACAUUUGCAUGUGUCUUUGCAUGGGCAAGAUGUUGCCUAGACUUUGCUCUUAAAUGUUGUUCUAAUACUCUCAGCUGCAUUGUAAACCGUUCCCACACAUAGUGCCUUAAAUAUUUGAGGUUGUUAAUGUUAUUACCUAUAUAUAAAUGUUGAGGACUGCAGCACUUAAAAUUCAGACCUACUCUUUAAUUUUCUUUUGCUAGAGUAAUGUUCAUUUUUGGGUUUGUGUGGUAUGAUUUCAGGUUGGAACUUUUUUUCCAUACUAAGAAGGCAGCAUGUUUGCUAUAGGUGAAUUCUGCUGUCUGGUUUUUCAGAGUGAUCUAGCUUCAAGAAAAGCAAGCAGUUAGUAAUGCUUUAAAAAGUUGAUUCAGUAUCUAAUGGAUAGUUGAUAACUGUCACAAAACAGGAUUCUGUAUACUGUUAAGUGAAACUGCAAUACAAUCUUAAGUUUAUUUUGAAGAGUGUUUGCUGUAUAAUUGGAUCUAAUAAAAUGUUUAGAGGUGCAGUAGGCAUGACUUUGGGUAGAUAAAGAAAGAAAAUGCAAAAUUCUCAUGGAUUCAUGAUGUGGUUUCAUCUUAGCUUGGGCAAACCAUGCAGUAUUUAAUAAAUAAAUAGUAGCAGCAUAUUUACUAUUGAAGCUUGAAAAGAUGUGAGUUCUUUGUGUGCAAUUUUUCAUUUAUGCAUGUGAGUUGUUUUUUUUUUUAAAGUAUUUUCACAUUAUCGUACUUGUUUUGCUUGUUGGUGGUGUUUGCUUAUUUAAUACAUUCCGUCAGGGACAGAAAUUACAUGCUUUUUUUUUUCUCCCCUAGGAAGUGUGAGAUUUUCGUUUUGUGCUUUUUUUUUUUUUUUAAUCUGUUUUGUUUUGUUUUGGUGGUGGUGGUUAUGUUUAAACAAAGUUGCUUUUACAGCACCAAAGACUUAAUCAUCCAUUUCCUAUAUAAAAGGUAGCUACUUUUUGCAUAGACCUCAAGUAUAUUGUAGUAUAGAGGUGGAAUUUAAGGAAAGGUAUUAAACAGGCUGUGUUUUAGCUUAUGGACAAGUAAUAAAUUGUAUCAUUUAUCUUGAAUGUAUCAUAGAUAAGCUGCUAUAUAACGAUUGCCACUUCAGAUAGCUGUGAAAUUAGGUGAUUAACUAGUUGUUAUUUAGCCUUCUAAUUUCUGUAUCGGUCUAAUUACAUGAAAUAGAAGUUGGGGUUUUGAUUUUUUACUUUGCUUUUCUGUUUGGAGUGUCAUUGUAACUACUGUAUUGUAAAUGAUGGAAAAUAAUUGCAUAUGUUAUUUUGGGGUGUGUUAUUUGCAUCAGUAUUUUAUCUCUAUUAAUGUUUGUGCUCAUCACUGCAUAUAAAAACUUGGAUUGUAACUUAAUUUUUUAUUUUCAUACUGGCAUUGUAGACACUUGAGAAAGCUGUAUCUUGCAGGCUUGACUUAACUUUUUUCCUUAAAAAUCUGGAAUGUAAUCUUACAACAUUUACUGGAAUAAACAGUACAAAACAUUUGAGUGUAGAACUCUUCAAAUGUUUUGGAUUUACAGCAUUUCUUUGAUAAAGGAAUUGCAUACCACUAGUACAGCUUUAGUACAGCGUUGACAAUAAGCUAAUAAUGGAUAAACUUUUCUUUACUCCAUUGACACAAGCAGUGUUUUAUUUAAUAUUCAUCGAUGAAAUAAAUGUGCCUGAAAUUGAUUUUAAAUUUUACAGUAUUAGAUCAUAAAAUAAAAACCAGCAGUACAUUUUUAGUCGCACUGAAAAUGAAGGACUUAAUUUUCCCCACAAGUUUCAGUGUUUUUUAGUAAUCAAUUCUAUGCAUUUAUAUAAAUAGAAAUAUAUAUAUUACACAGAAAAAUGGAAUAGCCUAAGAUUAAUUUAAAAGAUUAUUUACAGAUGGCAAAUUUAUGGAGUCACUAUUUAAGUAAACUUGCUGCCCUCCACAGCCUUCUAAUUUUAUUUAUAUGGUUCAGUAGAUUACUGUGCUCACCUUUUGGUAAAGAAUCAAUGUCAGCAGUGGAUGUUUUAGAAACACCUAGUGCAAAGGAUUGAUGAUAAUGGUUGUACCACAGGUACAAGACUGGCACAGGUUUCUUUUUGUUUGGGGCCAUGUUUACUGCCCUGAAUUGUCAUAUUUUCUUUUUCUUUUUUUUUUUUUAUAGGUUUCUUUUUUUUAAUUUCUUUAUUGGGGAAUUAAUGUUUUACAUUCAACAGUAAAUACAAUAGUUUGUACAUGCAUAACAUUCCCCAGUUUCCCAUAUAACAAUACAACCCCCACUGGGUCCACUGUCAUCCUUCUUGGACCUGUAUUCUCCCCAGCCACCCACCCCCACCCCUGAAGUGUCAUAUUUUCUAUAGGACCAGACUGAUGUGGUCUUGUUCAAUUGACAGGAAAUGGUAAAACUUUAGUGUUUUCAUAAUAGUAAUGUUUGAUAAAGGGGUACCCCAGUUAAUUACACCGAUCUUAACUGAUUCAAAUCAUGGUCUUUUUAUGUAAUCAAAAAAAUUAAAAUUGCAAAAAUUCUUUUAAGGUCUAAAUUUAGCACAUUGACAAAAGUAUCUGGAUUUAUCUCUUUAAAACAUUUUAAACUAAUUUUCUUUGGUUUUAGCGCUUUCUUAAAUAAAACACUGCAUGACUUUCAAGUUGCAUAUUUGCAUAACUAUUUUAAUUUGCUAAUUAUUUUUUAUCAAAUAUCCUGAUACUUUUCUGUCAGGGUACUUAUUUAAAUAUGUCACUGUAGUAACAAACCUUUUAUUUUAUUUUAAAGCCUUUACUACUAAUUUUAAACUUGGUUUGUGUUAAGUAAAAGUUAAAUCAUACACUGCAAGGUGUAGGAAGAUUUAUUUUAAUGAACCCAAUGAUAUAGCUUUGAUUACUAAGUUUGAACUGUUAACUGUUUAACAAUUUUAGACUUGUGGCUUUCUUUCUUUGGUUUGUUUGUAUUUGCUUUUAUUUCUAUGCUACACUAGUUUGCCAUGUAGCAAUUGCACUGUGCAAUAUUAUAAUAAGGACUGGGAAAAUUUUAUGGAUGUAUUGUCUAUUACGGUUUGCGAUAGUAUUUCUUUCUAGUUCUCAGUGAUUUAAAUGUGACCAAGCCUUCUGUACUUUGUCACAAAAAGCGGGUUUUCCAGGUGACUAUUUUGGUGAGUGUCAAAAUAAGAAUUUAUGGUGUAUUACUGUCUAUUCACUUUGAAUUAAAAUAUAUAUAUAUUGCAGCAAACAA